AACUUCCUCCUCUCCCCACCCGUGCUCACCGUUUCCCCCAUUUCCAACCUUCUCCUGCUGUCUCCUCUCUCCCUCUCUCGCUAAACAUGGAUCCAGUAAACGCUUGGGGCAACUCCUCCCUGGAAUCCGUCGACCCUGAGAUCCACGACCUCAUCGAGAAAGAGAAGCGUCGUCAAUGCCGCGGCAUCGAGCUCAUCGCUUCCGAGAACUUCACUUCCUUCGCUGUUAUUGAAGCUCUCGGCAGUGCCCUUACCAACAAGUACUCCGAGGGCAUGCCAGGGAACCGAUACUACGGAGGCAAUGAAUUCAUCGACGAGAUCGAGAACCUCUGCAGAGCUCGCGCUCUGCAGGCUUUUCAUCUCGACCCCACAAAGUGGGGUGUCAAUGUUCAGCCUUACUCGGGUUCACCGGCAAACUUUGCUGCUUACACGGCUAUUCUCCAGCCCCAUGAUAGGAUCAUGGGACUGGAUUUACCCUCCGGUGGCCACUUGACUCACGGGUAUUAUACCUCCGGAGGAAAGAAGAUUUCUGCAACCUCCAUUUACUUUGAGAGUUUGCCUUACAAGGUGAACUCGAGUACUGGAUACAUUGACUACGAUAAGUUGGAAGAGAAGGCCCUGGAUUUCAGGCCCAAGCUUAUUAUUUGCGGUGGGAGUGCGUAUCCUAGGGACUGGGAUUACGCCAGGUUCAGGGCUGUCGCAGACAAGUGUGGUGCUCUGUUGUUGUGUGAUAUGGCUCACAUUAGUGGACUCGUUGCCGCUCAGGAGGCAGCAAACCCCUUUGAGUUCUGUGACAUAGUCACAACCACCACCCACAAGAGCUUGAGGGGUCCCAGGGCUGGUAUGAUCUUCUACCGCAAGGGACCAAAACCACCAAAGAAGGGCCAGCCAGAAGAUGCCGUGUAUGACUUUGAAGACAAGGUCAACUUCGCAGUUUUCCCAUCCCUUCAGGGUGGUCCCCACAAUCACCAAAUUGGUGCUCUUGCUGUUGCCCUAAAACAAGCCAUGGCACCUGGGUUUAAGGUUUAUGCUAAACAAGUUAAGGCCAAUGCAGUUGCCCUUGGAAACUACCUGAUGAGCAAGGGAUACCAGCUUGUAACUGGGGGAACGGAGAACCACCUUGUUCUUUGGGAUCUCCGACCUCUCGGAUUGACUGGCAACAAGGUUGAGAAGCUUUGUGACCUAUGCAACAUCACUGUCAACAAGAAUGCUGUAUUUGGUGACAGCAGUGCCUUGGCCCCUGGAGGAGUGCGAAUUGGUGCCCCUGCCAUGACUUCAAGAGGUUUGCUUGAGAAGGACUUUGAACAAAUAGGAGAGUUCCUCCACCGAGCUGUGACCAUCACCUUGAACAUCCAAAAGCAGUAUGGAAAGCUCUUGAAGGACUUCAACAAAGGUUUGGUGAACAACAAGGAGAUUGAAGAGCUCAAGGCUGAUGUUGAGAAGUUUGCAUCCUCCUUUGACAUGCCUGGCUUCAAGAUGUCCGAAAUGAAGUACAAGGAUUAGGUCUGAAUAGUAAUCAUUGGUAUUGCUGUUAUAAUCAGCCUCUGAGUCUUUGGGAAGUUGCCUCUGUUGGUGUCUGAUGAGUGGAAAAAAGAAGGAAAAAGACGAGGGAAACCAUCCAUGGUUUGCCUUGUCUUAAGAGGUUAGUGGUCAUUUUCAUAUGAUUUUUAAGCUUUCACUGCCCCUGCCUUAUAAGGGUUUGCAUAAACUUAUGUACCAAUUUUAUUAUAUUCUUUUUGUUGCCGGAAUGUUUGGGGUUUUAAUUAACAAUAAACGUGAAAUACGAGUUUAUAAUUGGUAAA